UCAAACUAUCAAUCAACGAAAUUGAAAUGUUUAGACUUACGCUCUAUGGAUAGACUCUUGUUAACUACAAGACUAUUGUCAUGGUUACUAUUAACGUUUAAAAUAAUGGAAAUUAUUAUAUAAUUACGAUCUAAGUGACAUUGGCAAGUUGACUCAAUUUUAGGAAAUAAAAGUGUUUGAGUACUAAAACAUGUCCAAAAAGAGUAUUAGUAAUAAAGCCCCUUUUGGUAUUGGUACUAAAAGGUUUUUGGAAAUUGGAUACCAUCCAGCAAUGAAUCGUAUUUUAACAAUAACGCAGUCAGUAUGCCGUCCUGGUCCAGGAAAGUAUAAUAUAUCUGAUGCAAAAAGAUGUAAUAUUCUAGAAAAAAAAGAAUUGUGGAAAAGAAAACUGGAAAGUGAAAAAUGGUCAAUGUCUAUUGGUAACAAUUUGGGUAUGCUAGCAGAGCGAGAAUUUCAGCGUACUAUGGGUGGACCUGCAACACAAGAAUACAAUCCGAAACUUCAUAAGAGGCAGGAUGACUUAAAAAAAAAUCAUAGAGGGUUUGGUUAUGCAGUUCGAUUUCCAGUCAAAGAAAAUAAUAUUCCUCCUCCAGAUACCUAUUACAGAAAUAUAGAGAAUUUAAGAUCAAUGUUGUUGAAAAGUUUCUCAAAUAAAUGCCUAUUUGAAGCACGUCGGGAAAGUAGAUUCAAGGAAAAACACGUCUCAUGGCAUUUGGCACCACAGAGAUAUUCAGUGAUUGAUAAAGACUCAAUUGAAGAACGGUGCUCUAGAUCCCAUUCCAACAAAAGACCUUUAGAAUUUUUUACAUCGGAGAGGGACUACAAGAGUAUUAAAAAUCAUUUUGCGGUAUAUAAUUUAACUCCAGCAGAUACAUUGUCGGAUGCUACAAGCUGCAUAGACUAUUUGUUAUAUAAUAAGAACAAAAGAAGAUGUGGAGAAUUUCUUAAAACUAGUAGAUGGGUAAGACCUGUUACGAGAGAAUUAUUAGGUGAUUUAAGUUUUUGUCAUCGUGAUGAAAAUUCUCCUGGCCCAGGGACAUAUGACACAGCAAAAUAUAAAAGCAUUAGAGAGCUCAAACAAUCUAAAUUUCCCUUUAAUAUAUCCUCCGUACACAUUAGACCACAACAAGAUUGGAAAAUAUCACCCGCAGUUGGAAGAUAUACACCAAAGUAUUUCUCUUGCAAAGGAAAAAAAGGCCCCAGUUGGUCAUUUUUGGGUUACAGGAAUUCAAUUUAUGACUUGCCAAGAGAGGAAGAUUUUUAUGCGUUUUAGAUAGGUGAAUGACUACUAACCAGAGGACAAUUGAAGUUCAACAAUAUUUGAAGAAUAUGGAACUAACUAAAUAGAAUAUAGUAUUUUACAAUUUUACAUGUGAAUACCAAGCAGUUAUUUAUAAUUUUUGUAUUUUUACACUUUUUAUAUACUUAUACAAAUCCCAAAGAUUUUAAUAAAAUUUUACACAGGAAAAAA